AUGAUGACGGUCCUCUGUGAGGCCUCUCCAGGUGGUAUCAUGCUGGGUGGAGGAGGUGGUGAUGAGGAAUUUCAUCCAGUAGGUGGCAUCUUUGGUGGUACAUUGUGUGGCUUACAUCCAUGUCCCAUCGAAACCCCGAUUUGCUGCGGGGGACAUGGACUAAUGUAUCACUAUUGUGUUCGUGGUGGCGAGAAAUGUUGCAAUUCGGAAGAGGGGUAUGGAAUUGGAUGCCAACAAGGGGAGAUGUGCUGCGCGAAUGCGUAUGAUGCAUCUUGCUGUGGAUCUAUGAUGACCUGUGGCGUGAAUGAAGGUAAUCUUUCAGUUUGUGUGCCAGAUAGAUGUGCUGCCCACUCAGACGUGGAUAGAUGCUUGAACGACGAAGAUGGGAAUGAAUGCCGCUGGUGCUGCGGGGACGGGCGUUGCGUUUCUCCCACGCAUAGGUGUACGAAUGGGAAGCCUAUUUCAAGAGGGCAGACCUGCCAGUCGCCUUGUCAGUACGCUGAUACUUGUCUUCGGUGCCUCGAUACCUCCGCUGGCGACAGCAACACAAGUGAAUCGUGCCUGUGGUGCUGUGCCACACAAAGCUGUCUCCCAGCAUCUGAGCAUGUUGGCUGUGUGGGUGACCAAGCAUUGUGGAGCACAAAUGACUGUGAUUUUUGCCUUGCACGAGGGGCCGGCAGCGCGUCAUAUUGGAUCGGUAGCAAUGACAUCUAUCUAGUACUUGCAGCAGGUGCUGCUUUGAUAUUAGGCGUUGGUAGCAUCUGUUUCCUCAUACACUUCGCGGCACGACACUGGAGGCAUAGGGAUGAAGAGGCGCGUGACGAUGCUGGCGGUGACGACACUUCAGCUGUUGUGCCAAGAAGAAUAAAGCCAUGCGUGCGUCGCCAUGGCUUCAGUCAACCUGAGAAAGUGUCACACCGGUUGUGGGCAAAUAGUACCAUGACCACUACUACAUUGCCGGGUACCAAUGCGCUUCAUAGUGGUUUGUUCUCCUGUUCUGUGUGUCACUCUAAAUUGUCUGUAAAGAGCCUUAUUGGGGGCUUGACGAGCCAUUCGCCGAGGACACAGGAGGAGGGGCAAGAAACGUAUCAUGUAUCCGCAACACCUAUGCCUUGUUUUGAUGCUGACGACAAUAAAAGUGACUUUGAUGAUAGCGACAGGAAUGACGAUGUUGUCAUUCUGUUGCCAUGUGGACACCUCUUUUGCUACCACUGUAUGGGCCUGGGUAAUAGUCAAGAUCCCACUGUGCUAUCGAAAAAAGGUGCUGGGUCAAAACAUUCUAAGAAAAGUGAGGUGAACGAAACAGAUAGGAGAGCUCAUGGAAACAGCGGAUCUAAAGUUGCUAAUAGUAGACAGCGAAUGACAACCAUAGGUAUGAAUAAAGAAACGCAAGUUGCGGCACACUGCCAUGGUGCAUGCCCUCAAUGUAACUGCACUAUACAGGAUGUUGUUUUGGUGGAGUGCGUUGUUAGAUUGUGA